CUUUUCUCCGCUAUCGUCACCGCAUUUUAUGUGCAAUCCUCGAGCGGCCUGUCUCCAGACGCCGCAUUUGAUACCAAUCAGCUGCUUGCUAAUCUUACAGAUGUUGUCAUUCUCGUGAGCGGUGUCAAUGCCUCUCAGCUCAGCCUCCGGGCCCCUGUAGCUUUCGAACCAGAUGCAAGCGCCUUGCGCCUUAAUUUCUACUGGUCAACAUCUUUAGUCCUCAGCGUGAGUCCUCUCUUCACACUGAUGUCUCGAUAA